GCCGCCGCCGCCAUGUUCCGGAGCCUGCUGGUGGCGGCGGCGCAACGGCCCCAGGCCCCGGGUGGUCCCCCCCGGGCGUCGCCCCCCGCCGGUCCCGCCGCCGAGGCGCUGGAGGCGCAGUUCAGCUGCCCCAUCUGCCUGGAGGUCUUCCACCGCGCCGUCGGCAUCGCGGGCUGCGGACACACGUUUUGUGGGGAGUGCCUGCAGCCCUGCCUCCAAGUGCCGUCCCCGCUCUGUCCCCUCUGUCGCAUGCCCUUCGACCCUAAGAAGGUGGAGAAGGCUUCCAGCGUGGAGAAACAGCUUUCGUCCUACAAGGCUCCCUGCAGAGGCUGCAGCAAGAAGGUGACCCUUGCGAAAAUGCGCUCUCACGUCUCGUCCUGCGCGAAGGUGCAGGAGCAGAUGGCCAACUGCCCCAAGUUCGUUCCAGUUGUCCCCACGUCCCAGCCUAUCCCCAGCAAUAUUCCCAAUCGCUCGACAUUUGUGUGCCCGUAUUGUGGGGCCCGGAACCUGGACCAGCAGGAGCUGGUGAAGCACUGCAUGGAGAACCACCGCAACGACCCCAACAAAGUGGUGUGCCCAGUCUGCUCAGCCAUGCCCUGGGGGGACCCCAGCUACAAGAGCGCCAACUUUCUCCAGCACCUCCUCCACAGGCACAAGUUCUCCUACGACACCUUCGUGGACUAUAACAUCGACGAGGAGGCAGCGUUGCAGGCUGCCCUGGCGCUGUCGCUCUCUGAGAACUGAGGGUGACGGCAGAGCAUCGGUUCGGACCCCCCCUCACACCCCGUCUCCUUUUGCACACUCAGCCUUCCUGCUGGGGAGGCACAGAGCUCCUCAACCCCCCCUGGAGACCUGCUACCACCUCUCUUCCCUCUCCUCUCUGGGCAAAUCCCACCUUGUUUAAGAAGGUGGACUCUCUUUAGCGGUGUGUUGGACUGAGGAGUGAGGAGAGACGUCCACUGCUGGGAGGAGAGAGGAGUCGGCACCGGAGGGCUGGGAUCCUUCCUCGGUUAGGUAUUUCAUAUCCGUAUACGGAGUAUAUACGUGUAUCCAGAUCUAUUUAUUAUUAGAUGCUUUUUGGCACCAUUUGUCUUCAUGCUCUCUGUUGCAAUCGAAUAGGUACGUAAAACUACGAUGCGUUUUAUGCAGAAAUGCCCUAGUUUGAAACUGCAAUCAUCCACGUCCUUUUUGAAGGAGAAGAUAAAAAAAAAAAACCAACAAAAACGGCACGGAGCAUCUUUUUUUAAACUCAACAAGGCUAUUUCCAGAGACGUCGGUCUGUCCUGUCCCCUGUGCUGCAGGCAGGAGCUGCCUCCUCUGCCCGCUCCUGCACAGACCCAAAGCAGGGUGGGCUGAAUCCCGAGGCGAGACGGUUGCCCUCGUGUGCCCUGUGAUGGCAGUGGCUUCGGAGGAGUCCGCGGCGAUGGCACCCGGCGUCCAGUGAAACUCUCACCUUCCUCGUUUUGUACCGGCUCUUGUGAUACUGAGUUCUUGCAUUUUUCUACAUUAAUUGGCGUGAUGCCUUUUCCACGUUUUAUAGAGCGGGAACCGAAGCUGUUACUCUUCACAACUGCAAUAUCCGUCACCGGGGACAAGAGUAUUUUUAUGGAACAUUAUUAAGAAAGUCUAUUUUUUACAGGAAAAAAAAAAAGACCCCAAA